AGCAGGGUGUGUAUGAGAACAUUGGAUGGAACUGUAUUACUGCACUGCACUAAUAGCACCAAGAACUUGAAAAGAGUGAUAUGAGACUAACUUUUGAACUAAAAACAGAAAGAAUGUGCCGGACAAUUGUGCACCUGCUGAUCCUGACGUCACUCGACUGUCUGUCUCGUGCUGAAGACAAGACGAAGAUUACAGUUUCCUGUCCAGAACACCAGAAGGCCUUUAGAGGCUCCUGCUAUGAGUUUGUGGGUCUCCACCGUACUUCUUUUAGCGCCCAGGCUUGGUGUGAGCAGCGUGGUGGACACCUUGCAUUUAUCCCAGAUGAAGAAACUCAGCAUUUCCUUCAAAGACACUUGGACAGCAAGAAGGACGUGUGGCUUGGAGUAGGACCUUCUGCCGUUCCAAACCUGCAAUAUUCUGCCACUGUUGAAGGUCUCCUCUCUUGGCUGGAUGGUUCACAAAUCAUCUAUUCAAACUGGGUGAGCAGCCCACAGCCAGGAGCAGCUUGUGGACACAUACUGAGAGACUCUGGCUUCCAAUGGAAAGCCACAAGAGACUGCAACAAAAAACUGCAUUUUAUCUGCCAGUUCGAGUCUGGGAGAUCCACUGUGUGUGCAGGUCGUAACACCACUCUGCAGUGUGGUUCUGGUCAAGUCUUAAUGAUAGAUAGCGGCUUCUACGGUCGUAAGAACAUUCAUUACUGUCGAUCUACUCUCUCCCCACCAACAACACCCACACGACAUCAGUACGGCUGGGUGGAUGUUGUAGAAUCAUUAACAGCUCACUGCCAUGGCCAUCAGGUCUGCCAGAUUGCUGAAGUUAUGGACUCCUUUGGUGAACCCUGUCCUCAGCUGGGGAGCUACCUGUCUUUGGACUACCACUGCAAAGAUGGGCUCACACUGUCAGUGACCACUGUGGCUGCUGUUUUGAAUGACGUCACCAUUAGCGUGAAGUGGCUCUUACCCUUGCCCCAGGAAAAUCUUAGCUGCAAGCUGAGUACCGGAGAUGGCCAUGUUAUUUAUCUGCACAGUCCAGAGGGGUUGGAGAGCAGUGUGAUACACAAAUAUACUCAUCCAAGUACAUUUCUUGUGGCAGCUGAAUGCACCAGCAGUGACAUACAGAUUACGGCUCAGAAAAUAAUUACCAUUCAAGAGCUCAUCACAGAGUUCGGUGUCAUCAGGUGCCAUGCAGGGAAUCUGUCUUUUCAUGCAGCCAACUGCAAAGCCCUUUACGGACAGCCAUUUCAAACACAGGUGGAAGUAAAAGCAGGUACAAAUGUGACCUACAGAAUCCAGAGUGCUGAUAUGUUGUUGUCCUGUUUAUCUGUGGUCAGAGGAAAUGUUCCCCAGAACAUCACAGUGACUCUAGAACUGGUGAAGCAGCUUGGGCCUGGCUGCCACCAGCUGACCCUUUAUGCAUCUAACAUGGUCACGUUCCCUGAAGUGUCCGCAGACCUGCAGAUGUGUGUGUUGGAGAAAGUAGCCGGGCUUCAGGCCUCUGUGUUGACAGAGAGGGAUGACUGUCUAGAAUCUCCUGAUAUUACCAUUGGUGUUUCCCUCGAACGGGGAGCACCUGUGCUGCUCCUCUUCUCUCUGACUGGAGACAACAGCUCAUUCUCUGAGACCAGAGAAAUGAAUACAAGAAAGGAAAUUUUUCACAUUGGACACCCGAUUCAAGGAUCUGUACAAGUGAAACUCAGAGCAUGGAACGUCUUCUCUUCUUUGAAAGUGGAUGUGGAUAUGCUUGCUUCCUGUGGCAAGGAUUCACUUGUUGAACUAAAUGGUCAUAAUGACUAUUUGUUAAGCUUUAACAAGAGACCGAGAAAAAAACACAUUAGAGUGAUCAGAUCUCCAAUGACAAUCAUUGCAAAACCUUCAGAUUCAGUACCUUCCAAAAAUCAAAGCAUCAUGCUUUCAAUAAAGGACCCGUCCAAACUAACUGACCAGGACAUGCAAUACCAGUGGACAUGCAAAAGCCCCUGUCGUUGCCAAGGAGAUUUCAAGGGACUAACUUACAUCAUUACAGAAAAUUGCCUACCAGAUCCAUUUCAGUUUUAUAAAUAUCAUUUUAAUAUGAUUGACAAAGGUGGUGACGUGAAGAAAACUGAAUCCAUAUGCAUCACCCUUACCCCAGCUCAGACUAAAAUUCCAACUUGGCUAAGUCUCACUUGCACUGAAGGCUGUAACCCAGUAAAGGCGAACAUUGAUGCAAAAAUUAAAAUGGAUUGUAAAGGACAUGCAUGCCCACAAGUUACGUGGAACAUUGAGUACCCAGGAAACGAGAAGGACUGGCCAGCUGAGACUAAGGAUUGCUACAAAAAAGCAAAUCAAAGGCCACUUAUGAACAUAAAGACUGGUGGGACGGAAUUCACUGUGACUCACACCAGUCUUGAACAGGCCAAGUCUAAAGGUCAGGAUGUCACUGUGGUGAUAACUUCUGCAGAUAUCAUACCUCUUUACAAAGAAUACACCAUAGAGACAUCAUCAUCUUCAAUAAAACCAGCUCGUACCACCAAAAACCCAGCUGCCACUGUUACGAAAGCAGAAGCUGGAGACACUGAAGGAAAAACAACAACCGUUGCUGGUCCUGCCACUACAUCACCUGGCACUAUUAGUGCCACCACUUUCACCUCUACCACCACUAUCCUUACUACAGCCGUUAUCUCUACUAUUGCCGCUAUCACCGCUACCACAGCUAUCACCACUUUCACUGCUACCACCGCUAUCCCUACAACAGCCGCUAUCACUACUAUCACUGCUACCACCAGUGAUACAUCUUCAUCAGCAACCGCCAACAAUUUUGAUACCCUUAAGUGUAGCAUAUCGCCAUCCAGUGGAACAACCCUUGAUGCUUUCAAAAUAACUUGCAAUACUGAAAUUCCUUGUUCUACCUGUCAGUAUUGUUUUAAGACUCAGGAGGGUAAGCAUCUGCUUUGCAGUAAGAACAAUGAAGUGAAGUCUCUUUUCCUUCCUCUUGGAGACAGCAGUUCCAACUACAAUAUGAUUAUCAAAGCAACUGCAAAAAAUAGCAGCUUUGUAGAAAGCACCACCAUAACUGUACAGGUGCUGGAUUCCACAGCGGCCUCCAGCUCUUCAGUAGAUGAUCUUAAGGCGUCAGUGGAGAAUGCUGUGGCUCAGCUAAAGAAAGACGGUCUACUGUCAGGAUCAAAUGUGGGACAAAUCUUCAAUUCUGUGUCUAAUAUACUGAACGGUCUAUCUGAUACAUCAAAAAAAGCUGAAAAGCAAAAGCUUCGUGAGCAGAUGCUGGACAUAAUGAUUGACACAGUAAAAGAAAUUCCCACCAACACUCCAGAGGAAGUUCAGGUGAUAGCUCGAGGACUUACUGCUGUUGUCCAGAAAGGCACUGAACUCAGCUCCUCUGCUCAGGAAGAGGCUUCAUUAUUGUUUGCAAACCUAAGCACAUCCCUCCUCCACAUGAAUGUAAACAAAAGUGAAGAAAACAAGAAAGAAAUACACUUUGCAGCAAGUACCAUUGUGGAAGGAGCAAGCAAUAUCCUGGACUAUUCUUCCAAUAAAACCAUCUCUGAUGCCCUUCUCGUUGCUCUGACUAACACACAGAGUGCAUUGUUAACAUUUAAAGAUGUUAACGAGGGGCCAUCUAUCAUCCAACAAGCUCAUAUUGGUGUGUUUGUUAAAAGAGUGACACCGGGAAGUUUGCACACAGAGUCCAUAAAUAUUCCCAACUGUUCCUGCCCCACAUUUUCUCUCCCACUGCUACCCUCUAAUACAUUUCCUUCAGAUGAACCAGUGGAUAUACGAAUGCUGAGUUUUGAUAAAAACCCAUUUUCCUGGAAUAAGAGAGGGGACAUCAGUGGCCUAAUAGGUGCUCUAUCCCUCACAACAAAAGAUGGUAUCGGUAUCCCUGUGGAGAACUUGAGUGAGGAUAUUGAGAUUCUGUUGCCAAGGCCUGUUGAUGAGCAGGUGAACACCUCUGUUUUGGACCUGGGGAACUACAGCACAAUGGUCAUAGACAUUCGUUCAGCUGACACUACGCUGGUGUUAAAGAUGGUGCCUUCAAAUGACCCUUUACCCUUCAAACUGUUCCUCGGACAUAUGAACUACCCCACUGAAACAAAUUAUAUAGCGAUGACAGAGAUGCCUCACCUGGGAACAACACAAGAGGAGAGAUACACUUGGCUACUAGACCCUACGAAUUUAAAGGGAAACACUGGAGUGCACUAUCUUGUAGUGAGGCCCAUUGUAGGUCCGGGUAUAAAAUCCAUCAAUGCCAAUUUAUCAAUUACCUCCAUCACUACGUCAUGUAAAUUUUGGGAUGAAUCAAUAUUGGAUUGGAACAAUAUUGGAUGCAGGGUUGGUGUUCAGACCACACCUUUAGUCACCCAGUGCCUCUGCAACCACCUCACCUUCUUCGGGAGCUCUUUCUUUGUCACUCCCAACCUUGUCGACCCGUCACGCACUGCUGAGCUGUUUGGGACUUUUACUGAGAAUCCUGUGGUCGUCUGCUUCGUGGGGGCUCUUUUUGUGGCCUAUCUCUUGGUGGUUGUGUGGGCUCGACGAAAAGAUAUUCAAGACGCGACCAAGGUGAAGGUGACUGUGCUGGAGGACAACGACCCCAUGGACGAGUACCGCUAUCUGUUGAGUGUCAGCACUGGGCAUCGGAGAGGAGCCUCCACUUCUUCUCAGGUGAUAAUAACUCUGCUGGGUACAGAGGGAAACGGUGAACCACAUCACCUGACAGAUCCAAAGAAAUGUGUGUUUGAGAGAGGUGCGGUGGAUAUGUUCCUGAUAACUACGCCCUUCUCCCUGGGAGACCUGCAGGGCAUCAGACUGUGGCACAACAACUCAGGGAGCCAUCCUGCCUGGUAUGUAGGCAAUGUCAUGGUGCAGGAUUUACAGACGGAGCAGAAAUGGCAUUUUCUAUGCAACUCCUGGCUGGCCAUAGACAUGGGCGACUGUUCCCUCGAUAAAGUUUUUCCUAUUUCAACAGAGAAGGAUUUGAUGAGGUUCAGUAAUUUGUUCUUCAUGAAGACAACAAAGGAUUUCAGUGACGGACACCUCUGGUACUCUGUGAUCAGUCGACCACCGAGCAGCACCUUCACUUGUGUUCAGAGAGUUUCCUGCUGUUUUUCCCUGCUGCUCUGUACCAUGCUGACUAGCAUCAUGUUUUAUGGUAUCCCAGCAGAUCCCUCUGAGCAGACCAUGGACCUGGGUCACUUUGAGUUUACCUGGCAACAGUUCAUGAUUGGAGUUCAGAGUUCCCUCAUCAUGUUUCCUGUGAAUAUCCUUAUUGUUAGUGUCUUCAGAAAUACUCGUCCCCGGAAGACGUCUUGUUGCAAGCGCAAAAUAGAAAAACCAGACACCCUUGAAAAGAUUUCUUUCUCUCAGACUGCGACCACCAACAUGAAUGUCAAUGUCACUUUAGACACUGUCAUAAAGGAUAUCACAAGAAUUGCCCAUUCACUGUCUAAGACUGUGAAAAGCAACAUACCAUGCACAGAGUCUGAGUUUGAGCCUGGACAACAAGUUGAUAUCAAUGCUGUCCUUUCUGUGGUGGAGGACUUCAUCAAACAGAAUAACAAAACCAGUGACACCGCCCAGUCCAAAAAUCAGAGCUUUCACAACCUCGCUCAGCCUCAGCUACCAGAGAGCAGUGCUAGUACGCAUCCCAGGUCAACAGUGGAGGGGAUUCAAAAGAAGAGCAACAAAACCCACUAUCUAUACACGCAGCUGUGUCACAUUGACAAAGAGCUGAGUCUGCUGGGACCCUCUGGCUUCCCCACCCCACACGGCUACAGCCAGGCUCUGCAGCAAGUCCAGGGCAUGAAGGGUUUUCUUGAAGAUCAGCUCUUCAAAUUCAGCUGUGUCAACCUAGAUGAACUUACCCAGAAGAAGUUGAGCCCUGCUGACAGCAGUGAUGGUGAUGGUAGUCAGAAGAAAAAGCUGUGCUGUCAUGGAGGGCUACCCUGGUGGUUUAUUUUUGUUGGCUGGCUGCUAGUGAUCGCAACCAGUGUUGUAGCAGGAUAUUUCACAAUGCUAUAUGGGUUGAAAUUUGGGAAGGAACGCUCCGUAAGCUGGUUGGUAUCCAUGAUAGUGUCCUUUUUUCAGAGUAUCCUCAUCAUUCAGCCAUUGAAGGUGCUAUGUCUUGCAGUCUUCUUUGCACUUGUAAUAAAGAAAGUUGAUGAGGAAGAUUUUCAAAAUUUAGCAUUUGUAAGAAAUGACAGAAAUCAAGGUGAUUGUAAGGACCAACAAACAAUCGGACGGGAUAGCAGUCUCUAUGAGCCUCCUCCUCCUGCAGACAUUGAGAAGAUGAAAAGGAACAAGAUUAUGGAACAGAAAGCCUUUGCCCUCCUCAGGGAGAUUUUGACCUACAUGGGGUUUCUGUGGAUGUUGCUGCUGGUGGCGUACGGCCAGAGAGAUCCCAAUGCUUUUUUCCUGAACCAACACAUCCGGGAUAGCUUCAGUGGAGAGAUCUCAGACAGCAUGAGUCUCGCAGAUGUGUUCACUUGGGCCAACACAGCUCUAUUAAAUAACCUUUUUGGAGUUUAUCCAGGAUUCAUCACAGAUGGAAACUCCAAGCUAGUGGGUAAUGCCCGUCUUCGUCAAUUGAGAGUGCAGAAGAACUCCUGUCAGAUUGCAGGCUCCAUGCUCCAGUUUGUACCAGACUGUCACGCUCCAUAUUCAUGGGAGGUGGAAGACAUGGGCUCCUAUGACCCGGGCUGGAACCAAUCUGUGAGGGAUAAUAUCUCAACGAGCACCCCCAGCCCGUGGAAGUACCAGACGCAGGCUCAGCUCAGGGCGUACCCUGUCUGGGGCAAAAUGGUGCUCUACAGGGGAGGUGGCUUUGUAUCGGAGCUCGGCCCAGAUUUACAAAACGCCAGCAACACCAUUGAGUAUCUGUUCAGGAACAAAUGGCUGGAUAUGUACACAAGGGCGAUCCUUGUAGAGUUCACCGUUUACAAUGCUAAUGUGAACCUCUUCUGCAUCGUCACACUCUUGUUGGAGACCACAGCAGUAGGAGCAUUUCAGUUCCACAGUGAGCUGCGUAGUGUUCGUCUUUACCCUUUAACUGGUGGUCUUCACAUCUUCGUUAUGGCCGCUGAGGUCAUAUACUUGCUUUUCAUCCUCUAUUACAUGUUCCUGCAGGGCAAAUUAAUGAAGCAGCAGCGGUGGGCUUACUUCAGGAGCAAGUGGAACCUUCUUGAGCUGACUAUCAUCUUACUGAGCUGGAGCACCAUGGCUGUCCUCAUCAACAGGACCCUGCUUGGGAACCGCGAUAUGACCUACUACCAAAACCACAAAGACCAAUUUGCCAGUUUUUAUGAGACAGCCACAGCAGACUUAGUGCUCCAGUAUCUGAUUGCCUUCCUGGUCCUGCUCGCCACCAUCAAACUGUGGCACCUGCUCAGACUGAACCCCAAGAUGAACUUGAUCACUGCUGCACUGCAACGGGCCUGGAGUGACAUAUCCGGUUUCCUCAUAAUCAUUGUGAUCAUGUUCGUGGCGUAUUCCAUGGCUUGCAACGUGAUUUAUGGCUGGAAGAUGUCCUCUUAUAGAACCUUAGCGGAUGCUCUCCUGACCAUCAUCAGUUUGCAGAUAGGCAUCUUUAACUAUGACGAGGUCUUGGACUGCAACCCCUUCCUUGGUGCAUUACUUUUUGGUUCCUGUGUUGUGUUCAUAACGUUUGUGGUGCUCAAUCUCUUCAUCUCAGUGAUUCUCGUGGCAUUCAGCCAGGAGCAAAUAUAUCACAAGCCCUCAGAAGAGGAGGAGAUUGUCGACCUGAUGCUGAAGAAGAUCUGCAGUCUUUGUGGGAUCAGAUAUAACAAUACAAAAGACACCCUGGGGCCUGAUGCGAAUGAGGGCAGUGGCUUGACCCUUAAUAACAGCAAAAAUAUCCUUAACAAUUCCUCAAUUGAUGUAAAAAAAAAUUCAGACAUCUGACAACUCACAGGAACCCCUAGAAAAUAUUAAAUAUUUUGUAUGCACUACUAAUAUCCACAUGCUCAUUUAUUCAUGUUCGUUAUUCUUUGCUUGUUCCCUACUGGGAGGUCAGAGCAUGCUGUGCUGCUUUGUGAGUAUGGUGUGAUGGAUAAUUAUCACACUGCACAGAAUUACACUGCACAUUGUUGGUGUGAAUAAGAUGUUUAUUUAAAGAAUAUUUUAUUCGCAGCAAUGUUUUGCUCCUACUUACUAGUAGAUGCGACAAUUGGUUUGGUGUAACUCAUGCUUAUAUAAUAAACUUACAAAUCAGUAUGAAUUUAAAGCAUGCUUCACCUUGUAAAAUAAUAGAAUAUUGUAUCACAUAAUCCUGAAUUACACCAUAAAAAUAUUUAAUAAAAUAAAAGGAAAUAUACAUACUUAGG